GUCAAUGACUCUCAGUGACAUCAAGAGAGCAGUUGAAAAUGCGUCAGAAAUCAAAGAGCAACUAGGCAAGCUAAAAACAAGCGACAACUCACCACCCCACCACGUCCGAAUGAUUUCCUCGUUGGAGGCGAAAGCAGAGCAGCUGGUAGACACACUAAACGUCUGGAAAAAUAGCGCAGUUUCUCAGUCGGGAGUUAUUGAGCAAAGUGAUUUUGAUUCACCUCGAUGGAUAAAGUUGAAGACAAGUGGGCAUUUCUCAAAAAUGUAUCAAGGGUCUUACACAGGGAGCAAGGUUGCCAUCAAACUUCUGAAUGAUGAUGUCAAAUUAGAGGAGUCAAUCGCUGAGGGUCGACUACUGAAGUCUCUGACUCAUGAUCACGUGGUUGAGUUUAGAGGUUUCGGUCAAACUAAUGAACUCCAGACUGAUUCCAAUGGUGAGGUAGUCCCCAUAGGUCGUCAUUACCUCGUCAUGCAGUUUAUCUCAAGCAACCUACAACGAUAUGUUACCAAUUCCAUCAGCCAUGAAAGGGAAGGUCUUUCUAAUUUUGAAGUGUGGGACUUUGGAAAGCAGAUCUUGAGUGGCCUCUUAUACCUUCACAAACACAAGCCAUUUCCGAUAGCUCAUAUGGAUUUAAAACCGGACAACAUACUGCUGGAUGAAGGUCAGAUUCAUCCUCGAGUGAAACUUGCUGAUUUUGGCCUAUCUCUGCCUCUAAGUCAGGAUAACAUAAAGACUUACGGUGGACACGCUCGUUGGAUGGCACCAGAAUUGUGGCUUAGCCAAACCUCAUUGCAUCAGCAGUCGAAAGAAUUAUGUCUUAAGAGUGAUGUGUUUAGUUAUGGUCUUAUCUUGCUGUUUCUAAUUACUGGGAAGACACCUUGGCAUUCUAUUACUGACCUUGAUUAUCCAACUGCCUCAAGCAGCAGCAACAGCAGCAGCUUCAGCAGCAGCAGCAGAAGCAGCAGUUCGAGUGAACCUCCAGAUGAAGAAAGAUUUGAGAUUCCAGGAAAUCUUGCACCCGAACUAUUGGCAAUAAUACAACAUUGCUAUGUGGAGAAACCUACAGAUAGAGCAAACUGUAGUCAAGUUAAUGAUCUUUAUUACAAAGGUUGUGAGAACCCGUUUCAUGUGAAAGAUGAAUCUGGAGAAUUCUUCUCAUACGGGUUCCUGGAAAACACCAAUAUUUUUGUCGCAGACAGCAAAGUUACUGAGAGCACAAAAGGCACUGCUUAUACUAAUCAGCUACCAGUGGGAUAUCAGCAUUCUCAUCUUGUUUGUGAAGUCAAUGUAGAAAAAAUGAAGUCUGGCAAAGUGAAACCAAUUGUUGAAAGACCAACUGAUCCAGUUCUUGCAGAAAAAUUCCAACAAAAUUUUGCACGAUGGCAAAUUUUAGCAAGUGAAAACAAAAUUUUUAACCAUUCUUCUAUUGCUCUAAAAUCACUACAUUUGACACGAGAAGGAGAAGAAGAACAACAACAAAUUGUUUUUAAAUUUGCUCAAACAAGGUACGUCAUACAUCGUGCAAUGCGGGAACUAUGGAUGAAAACUCUGACGUCAGACCAGAAAGAAGAGGCUGUUCCAGCCAAGGGGAUUGUCAGCACCGUAUAUAGCAAUUCAUUUGGUCUCCAUGUUGCAGUGAUCACAGCAGACAAACCAACACCAAAGUUUAUCUUUGCGCGCCGAGCAAGAAGAGAGGGUCUACCAAGUCCUGGAAAUAUUACUUGUGGUGCUGUGGAGAGCUGUUCUGUACAAGAUUACAUCGAAGAAGACGGAAAAACCAAAAUUUCGUUGGUGAGAACUGCAGUUCGUGGACUGAAUGAAGAGCUUCGUGUAGUUCUUGAAGGAAACGACGUCGAUGCAAUUACUUUAUCAACUGUUUACCUCAAGUAUGACACACAUGAGUGGGGCCUCUGUGGAUUCAUUGAUUUGAAUGACGAACGAGUGCGUCCUGACAAUCGGUUGACUUUCGAGCAGCUCAAGUCCCGAUUCACAAUGGGAGGAUUGAAGAGUAAGUACAAGCACGAGGAGGUGGUGGCCGUUGAUUUCAAUCUUACUAAAAUGGUUCAGUUUGUAAGAGAGAAUUGCAAACAAUUUGCUAGCUCUACCAAACUGGUUGUGGUGAAGGUUCUGCAGUCGUUCUUUGGGGUAACUUCUGUUGAACGAGCUUUCAAAAAGAACACAAGUCUCACAUAGGGAAAUUUUGAUUCAUAGACAUAACAACAAGUUACUGUUAGAUAUUUAGAUUAGUAUAUCAACUUGCAGUGAUAUGUUUAACUUUAUUGACAGGAUUUUUACCGGUAACUUUUAUUUUUAUUAGAGAGGAUCUUUUGUAGUCGUUGAGAGACUGUAGAAAUUUUAAUGACUUGAUCGCAUGCAAUUAUGAAUAAGUGAAGACGAGUUACAUUGAAGACUACCAACACUAAACACUAGUAAUUAAAUCCCAAAAGUGUGGAUAGCCACACCU